AUGUUGGUAAUUACCAAGUGUCCUUAACUAAUUUGCCCCACGUAGUUAAAAGCAAGAAAAUAAGACUUUAUGGUGGAAACGUUGUCAUCUCUAUUGUCUGUUGUUAUUUUGGAUAAUCGGUGGUCACAUUUAAUUAAGCUGCAUAAAAAUGGCAUGUAAUAUAACGUCGGAAAUGAUUGGGAAGUUAUGUCGAAUAUGCCUAGAAUCCAAGGACGAUUUGUUUUCGAUAUAUUCAAGUUUAGUAAUCAAUGCCCUGGAGAUUCAGAUACCGCGAAUUAUUGCUUCCCUAACCUCAGAUACUUUAGAAUGGAUAUGCAAUCCAGAUCUACCUCUCAACAUGUGCAUGGAUUGCGCCCAACUGUUGGAAAACGCUUACACUUUCAAACUGAAAUAUCAGUAUAAUGCAGAGAUUUUAAAAAAGUACCUUUCUUCACCCCGCUUGUCUCUACCUUUGUCAGAUGAUAGAGGUGCGACCACUCCUACUGAGGACGUCUCUGAAACCGAUCUGUUUGUACCCGAAAAUGAAAUGCAAAUGACCAAAACUGAAGAUAAGGCACUUGAAACUAUGCACCCAUGCCCUGUAUGUAUGAAAGAGUUUAACGCGUUCGACCUCAAACAACAUGCACCGGUACACAAGUCCUUGCGAAAGUACAUAAACGCGGCUCCGAAAUUACCUAACAAAGUCAAAUUUUACACAAACCCCCGUAACAAGAUGGCCAUGUUUGCCCAAAAACCCGUAAUACAUGAUUGUCCAUUCUGUGCCAAAAAGUUUCCCGGGGACGAAUUGCGUCGUCAUCUGCAAUUGCACAGGAACGAUAACCAGUUUGAGUGCAAAAGGUGCGGACGGUUUUUUCCAAAACGAAGGUAUCUGUUACUGCAUUUGCACACCCAUGACAAGGAGAGGCCCUACGUGUGUGAACAGUGCGGCAAGGGUUUCAUUGUGAAGAAAAAUUACGACUACCAUUUGUUGAUGCAUGAUAACAAGUUCCCUCAUGAAUGUACCGAAUGUGACACAAAAUUCUCUAACCCGCUUUACUUGAAACGUCACAUGGAGAGGCACAAGAUUGGCAAGACGAAGCAGGACAGUGGUCAGUUCCCGUGCUCGGUGUGCGACCAAGACUUCCCCAGUCGAAUAGAGUGCGCGAGGCACACGCGGCUCGUGCAUAACAUCAAGUGUGUCAAGUACAUGUGCCCGAUAUGCGGAAAGUUCGUGGUCGCUCUCGGCACCCAUAUGGCUGGCCAUACGGGCGAGAAACACUACACGUGCGAGCAGUGCGGCAAGCGUUUCGUCACACACCAGGUGCUCAAAAAGCACAUCCUUACGCAUUCCGGCCAGAAGCCGUUCGGGUGCGACAAGUGCGGCAAGUCUUUCACGCUCAAGAGUAACUUGCGCAUCCACCAGAGGACCCACGCUGGCCAGAAGCGGUUCUUUUGCAAUAUCUGCGGUCGGGGGUUCCUCGAGAAUAGUUAUCUGAACAGGCACAUCAAGUCUCACCUCAGAUGAUGACGUUAUUGCGUUUUGUGCCAAGGCGAUUAAAAAAAUUUUACACACGUGGAAGUGUGAGAAGCCGAAAAAGUUUUAAACACAGUAAUACCCUUUUUUUUUAAAUAAAAUUCCAGUUUUCAUGUUGUUAAUUCUUUAUUAAUUUACAUAUAUUUUAUAUUCAUUGCCUCUUAGAUAAUUAUCAAAGACCUGUUUAAGGAAUAUGCUGGGUGGCCCGUUUAUUAUGUAGUGAUCCCUUUAGCUGGCGGAAAAUAUCAAAAACACCUAGAGUUGUAUUUUUGCGAACAAGUGACAACUUUAUUUUAAAUAUAAGACCCAGUAGAAUAAAUAAAUCUUGACUUCUCCGGAAAAUUCUAGGCAUAUUCUAUAUGCUAUACCGUUACCGACAUAUUUUGAAUUUUAUGUCAAAAGUAACGUUUGCAAUGUACCUAUCGAUUUCUUCGAAGCCUUUGUAAUAUAUUUGCCGUUAAUUUUCUUAUAGCUGGGGAAUUUAUUUAGUGGUCUGUGUCGAUACUUAAAAAGUAAAUAAAUACAGGGUGAUCGAAAAGUAAUAUAAAAAAUUUUGUAGUUGUAGAUUUCGUAAUAUUAGCAAUAAAACGAUUCUCAUUAUAAAAAUGCUACAACGACCACAGUAUAACUGUGGUUUGUGGUUACGACGAAACAUAGAGAAGACAAAACAAUUUAACACUGCAGAAAGGUCCCUGUUUGACAGUUUUAUUGCAGCUAAUUUAGUACUUUUUUAUUGACUUAGUUAUUUUAAUACAAAAAUUGGUAUCCCAAGUACAUAAAAUGUUUUUCUAAAAAAAAAACUAAAUUUUAAUGUUCUCUUUGACAUAUAAAAGACUUGCUGAUCGAGGGUACCUUAUUUUCGGGUUUAUAAAGUUUCGUUUGCAGUACUCUUGGUUACAGGUCCUUUGUAGAGUAAAUAUCCUCUUACUAAUAGACACGUCAAUCUUAGAGCAUAAUUUAGUUGGGGGUACAUAAUAUAAUUAAGGUCGGAGUAGUCCAACCCCUGCAGAGGCCUGGCGGGUAAAAUAGUAAACUAGUCGGUAAGUUAGGACUAGGUUUGUCAUCAGCAAACAAUGCCAUAUCAAUAACGGCGGUACCAGCAACUGAGCUUUUGCCGAAGUUUAGGCUGUAUAAAAUUAGUGCCUUUUUU